AUCAGCGACUGCGGCAGGCAUUCUGACACUGGGGGAACUGACUGUCACUGACAUCCCCAGUGAAACCAAUACAGUGAUCAGUGCUAAUAAAAAGCACUGACAUUGUACUAAUGUCACUGGGCAGGAAGGGGUUAACAUCUGGGGCGAUCAAAGGGUUAACUGUGUGCAUUUUACUAUGUGUGCUGUGUGUGAUUUACCUUGUAAGUAUGCUGCUUUGUAUUGCUCUAUAUGCAGAGCAAUACAAAACAGCAUACAGGUCUCUCCCCCGUCAGUGAUACUCGGCGAUCGCUGGUGGGGAAUCACCAGCCGGGACCUGGUGA